GCAGGGAGGGAGGAGGAGGAGGAGGAGGAGGAGGAAGGGGGCACCUCGCAGCCCCGCCGGCGCGGCUGGGACUUGGGGCCGGGGCCGGCCGCUGACAUCACGCGUUGGAGCCGCUGCAGAGGGAGGCGGAAAAUGGCCGCGGCGAGAAUGUUUUUCAGGGAACUUUUCAAAAAUCUUAAGAAUGAGAAACAGAGAAGAGAAAAGGAAUGAAGAGAGAAGGUUAAAAGAAAGCCAUUGGCUCUCAGCUGAGAUUUGACCUCAGGAGAAUCCCGGAGGUGAAUAGGAAGCUAUUCCAGAGAAGAGGAAGUGAAAGAAGUGUCUAAUGCAGCAGUUGUCAAUCUGAAUAUGGCCUUGCAUCCCAGAGGGAAUUGCACUUCAUUAGUAUUAUGUAUAUAAUUGGAAGUUGCUUAAGGAUUCCUUCGGACCAAUAUACAGUAUUGGUCUUUCAGCUAUUGCCUUAAUUUCUAAAGGUUGUGUCUGUGUGACAAGAGAACCAUUUAACAAUGAAAAAAUUCACACUGUUUGAUUUUGUAAAUGACAACUCACUCCAAAUUGGAGAGACUUCAUGGAUUCAGGAUCUUCCCAGUGAUGACAGUGAACUAGAAAGACUUCUGAAACCAAAUGAGCAUGUGCUAGUAAACUGGCCUGUGGGAGAAAGAAAGACAGAAAAGCACCUAGUAAAGGUUGUGUACAUGAGUGAUGACCCCCAAGAGUUGGUGGAAAUGAUGCAAAAGAUAUUACAAGCAGAUGAAAUUACAAAAAUACAAGUUGUUGGAAAAGGCAAGAGGAAGAGAAUAGAAAUGAUAUUCUCAGAAAGUGAAGACAGUGACCUGGAUAAAGAACAGGAGAAGAUGAUGAAGCAUAUAAAAAGAAAGAAAUCAUUUCAGGCAUCUGCCCCUGCCAACAUCCUCAGUCAACUUCAAACAUCUUUAAUUAACAAACAGAGAGAAUCAUAUUCAGGAAGCAACUUUCUGUACAGUGAAAGUAGCAGUGAUGAUGAAGAGCCUUUAUUUCAACUAUCCAAGGUAGAACUGUGUGCCAAAAUAAAAAGUCUCAAGAGGAAGCUGACAGACACCAUGAGAGAAAACUGCCGCCUAAGGCAGUCCCUGGUGAUGCUUCAAGUGUUGCCACAGGCAGUCACCCAUUUUGAGGAACUGGUAGGAAUGGCUGAAGCACUGCUCAAAGGAGGAGUGACAACAUCUACAUCUAGUCUUCAUUCACAUACUGUUUGGAAAGCAUCUAACGGUUCUUUAGCAGACACAUAUGCAGCUAUGCAUAGUAACUCCAGCUCACCAAUAACUUUGAAUGGGGAAGAUGAGGAGCAACAGACUGAAAAACAGUUCAAGAUCGAAAAGUGGCAGAUUGCACUUUGUAACAAGAGCAAACCUCAAAAGUUUAUAAAUGACUUGAUGCAAGCACUUUACACACAUGAGUACAUGGCUACGCACAGCCUGACAGGUGCAAAAUCCUCCUCUUCAAAGGAUAAAGCAGCGAAACCAGCUAUGAAUCAGCAUGAAGUUCAGGAAAUCAUAGGCAUCACGAAACAGUUGUUUCCAAACACAGAUGAUGCUUUAAUUAGGCGAAUGAUGGGACAAAAACUGAACAAUUGCACCAAGAAACCACUUUUAGGCAAAGAUCUUAACUCAGGUGCUUUUCAGAAGCAUGGCUUUUGUGGUUCAACAGCUGCUCCUCAGGGCAUCAUCCCUUCGGCUGUUCCUCCCAGCACACAAGACCAGCAGGAUGAUGAUUCACCAGCUGCUACUGCACAAAUUCAGCAAAGCCACAGCCGUCUGAGUCCACCACCUCCCAGAACGCAAGGUCAGCAGGCGUGUUCCAACCCCACUUCUUCCAAGGUGGAGCCUCCUCUCCCCAGCAGCUCACCAGCGGCCUCUGCCAACCAGGGUUGCAGACAGGACCUCAGGAAUUCGGAUAAGGAGUAGCACGAUGUGCUUCGUACCAGUUCUCCGAUGGAGACGAAGGAGUAGUACGAAAUUACAGUGAAAUAAUAUUUACGGGGCCUAGCAACAGCGAACAGUGGUACUGCAAGCAGAAUAGAAGCCUGGGAACCUUUUUCUCAAAUGAGUGAAAAUCCCACAGCAUAGAAUAAAAUGAAGGCACAUUAAUAUCUUUGUCUUUAAGAUAUUACUAAAUAUAUGCAUGUUAUACUGUAUUUCAGAAAAUAUAAACUUGAUCCAAAGAAUACAAUAAAAGUUCCCCUUAGUUAGAAAAACACUAUAUUAUUUAAAGUAACACCAAAAGAAUUUAUAAGAGGAACCUUAAUUCCCUUGCUUUCACCUUGACAGCUGAUGGCAAACUGCUUUACCGAUUAGAGAAAGCUAUUGCAUACUAAUACAAAAGAGCUGUGGAGAUAUAAAAACAGAGCAGAAAAAAAUCCUAGUCUUGGAAAACACAGGGCCACGUGAACAGAGAAGUAGUAGUACGAUAGGUAUUUAAGGAUGCUGUUAGGAAAGAAACUUAGAAAAAAGAAAAUGUUCUUAGGGCGGUGAAACUGCACCUCCCAAGAUAUCUGCAAGAAAGAAGCAGCUCCUUUUUUACCUCCAAAAGGUGGAAAGAUAGUGAAAGAAGGCAUGUUUCUUCUUAGCUCAGGGAAGAGUCCUCCAAGAUGCCUUCUAGUUUGUGGAGGCCAUGGCUUCUCUCCCAGACCUUUUGCUGCUGGUACUCUGGUUUGGCAGCUGCCGCUCUCUUCCCUGAACAUGAAGUCCCAAGGAUAAGGAUGACAGAUCCCUCCAGUCAAGGGAUGGAGGAUUAUUUCUUGGAAGCAGCUAGUAAAGGACAGAGGUGCCAGCUCCUGCUCCCUCUGUCUAGAUUUUGGUAUGCUGCUGUUUGGUUGGAGAGUGGGUGAACAGGCAGAGCGUUCCUCGUGGGGUUGGUGCCAGAAAUCCCCCAGCAGCUGGGCAAUUUCUCUUGAGCUCUCCACCACCACUUGUGCCAGGGGCACAACUGGCAGUCAUGCACCCUGUAAUUGCCCGUGGAGGAGGAGUGGUACUUUUUUUCCUCCUUGUUGACUGAUUCCAGUUUUACAGUGUCCUGGUAACAUGGGAAGGAGAGAACACUUGGAUUGUAGCUUUCACGCUUGAGGAUAUUUCUCCCAGAACAGAGAGUACUAACAGUUAACUCUAUUUCAUACUUGGCAAACAAGCAACUAAUGAAUCAAGGAGGGAAAAAAUAAUAUUAAAAACAUACUGAUUUGAGGAAGAUUUCUAGAAUUAGAAAUGGGGUAAAUGCCAGGAAAAGAAAUCUGAAGACAAGUUUUGCAGCUAAAUAUGUCCGAAGGGAAGUGCUGCAAACUACCUUUAUUAGAACAAUGCACUAAUCAAAUGCACUGUAGAGAAGGCUUCUGGAUGGGAUGGGGUAUGGCUGAAGAGAUCUGCUAGCCUUUUUCAUCUCUCAUGUCCAUCAAUUCUUUGUAGAUAGGAUUAAGAUGAAAGCAGGUAUGACAAUAUCUCACAUUAUUAAUUACCAUCCAUAAAAUGUAACAGGAGGAUGUCUGCUAUUAUAUAUAUUUUGUAUAUGUACCUGUAUGUACAGCAUAUAAGGAUGUAUAUAAUCAUAUUUUUGAAGCAACUUUCUAUCAAAUAAAAUGAAAUAUUACUAUCA